CAGAAAGACCGCUGGAAUCAUUUUUGAUUAAAAUUUAAUUUUUAUCAGGAAAUAAUUGAGUGUUGAGGAUUGGUGGAAGUUGUAUUUUAAACAAGCGAAUCCAAGCAACAUAGAUCAGAACGCAACGUAAAACGUAGGAAGCAAGAAAUAUACCUACAAUUUUCCGUUAGGUUCCGGCUCUGAAUUUGUUCAUACCUAUGAACAGGUAGAUGACCGGUUGAUGACAAAGAACGCUCGUCGCUAUUCUAAUCUUAUUGGCACAGUCCCGGUAACAAUGAGGUCCCCACUGCCGGUACCAGAGUUCCUAGAGGAAAAUAAUCUGUCGCUGUCGUUCAAACAGCCACAUAGGAAGAAUAGAUCUCUGCGACCGCCGAAACCACCGAAGCUGUACCCAAAGUUCGACGGAAGUUUCAAUCGGAGCCUGAACGGUUCCUCGGUGGCUCAUACAGUUUCGUUUCGAAGCAAUCGUUCGGAGCUCAGUACGCUGUAUGAGCCAAGUAAAAGGGAAUCGUACUACGAGCAGUGCUUCGAACAGAUAGCCAAAGUAGGGGAGGGUUCGUUCGGGGAAGUAUUCAAGGUGAAGAGCAAGAUGGAUGGAUGUUUGUAUGCGGUGAAGAAGUCCAAGGAGUUUUUUCGAGGAGAAAACUACCGACAGGAACGGCUGGAGGAAGUUCGGCGGUAUGAACAGUUCAGUGAGCAUGAGAACUGUGUGAAAUUGUACCAGGCGUGGGAGCAGGAGGAUCGAUUGUUCAUGCAGAUGGAACUGUGUAAAGGAAGCCUAGAAGAUUAUGUCAGAGAGCAGCGGUUCAUUCCGGAGGAUAAGAUUUGGUCCAUUCUCUUGGAUCUGUUGCUGGGGCUAAAAAGUCUUCACGACCGGAACCUGAUUCACCUGGAUAUAAAGCUAGACAAUAUUCUAAUUACGGACGAUGGUGUCUGUAAGCUGGCUGAUUUUGGUCUGGUGUUUGAUUUGAGCAGUCGAAAUUACAAUCAUGCUACGGAAGGAGAUUCCCGUUACAUAGCUCCAGAAUUGAUGGAAGGGCGUUACACCAAAUCUGUGGAUAUAUUCAGUUUGGGGAUCGCAAUUCUUGAACUGUCUAGCAAUCUGGAGCUUCCUUCGAAUGGCCCAUUGUGGCAGAGACUUCGAAGUGGAUCCAUUCCAUCGGAGCUUUUAUGUAGGUUAUCUCAAGAGCUUCAGGAUGUGAUCCGAUGGAUGAUGAAUCCCAUACCGGAUUGUCGUCCGUCUGUUGAAACACUUCUACGACUGCCCGGAGUAUCAAUACUGCACCAUGAAAGACGACGGUGGCGGGUGAUCCGUGGCUUAAAAUCCUACAUGCAUAGGAAAUUGUGCAAUCUAAAAUGUUUUUUGGCGAGCCUGGUGCUCUCAAUAGCCAGUUGUUUGCGAUUGAACCAUGCCAAACCGUCCCUUCCGACAGAUGAUUGUAAGCGGGAACCAAGUUAUAGGAACAGUAAUAACCGUAGCUUUUGCAAUGGAAUUAAUAGUAGCGUACGGACGUGUCUCAUGAAGGACUUCGAUGAUGAGCUAGAUGAUGAUCUACUGUCCACCGGAGAGCUGGAUUUGACGGGUGGAAGUGGAGGGUCAGACGUACAGAUUACUCCCACUUUGAACAAUGAUAUUCCUAGGCACACACCCCCGGUGAGGAUGAUGAAUUCGACACCGCUAAAUCACAAUCAUUUAGGAUUGAGGCUUAGCUUCAGAAACAAUCACGUCGACACUCCUCCCAGGAAUGUUAGCUACGAUUCGGUCGACGACGAUAUGCUUCCGUUGGACAACAGCAAUUCUAGCAACCGAACCGAAGAAUCGACCCUCCAUUCGCGUCACUCACUGCUGCAUAAUACGACUAGUCCCGUCAGCGAUGCCUCCUUCCUAACGAAAAAGAAACUUUGCUUCCAGUCAGAUGAUUCAGACUGAGUGGGCCUAGAAAUGGUCGUUGUCCGCGGCUGCUGAGACCGGUUCCUAGCUGUGACGCUGUGAGCAUUUCCUAGUAAUGAACAGUCAUGGUCAUCACGCGAAAGGCGAGCGGAACCGGAAAACGGAUCUCAAAAUAACGUUGGCUUUGAUUUUUGUGCACCCUUAAUCUUUCUUGAAAAAGAUAUGUACGUACUUUCGAUUGCUAAAAAGUAGGUGAAACUCGUUUUACAACAUUCAAUUGGGAUACAGGAUGAUAACGAUUGCAAACCUGUGGUGAUCUAAUACCUAAUUAUUAGCAUUUAAGCACAUACUAGCUAGAAAUGUAUACUAAUUGAUUAGUAGGAACGAAGAUGCAAAUUGAUAGAUUUUGUGAUAUACAAAGAAACCUACGAAAAGGAAUAGUUAGACAGAAUGAAUUCUUCGGAAAUGUGUACAGCAGGUAUAGGAUUUUUUUCAGUUUUGCUUUGAAUCAAUUCAAUUGUGGUUAAGAAAAAUCUUACAAAAGCUUCAGAACAUUGAGCGUUUCUCAAUGUUAAUAAUAUAAUAGAAAAUGUAAAAAAAAAUAUUACAUUGACUACCUUCUAUUAUACCUCCCUGUAAGUGUUGAUUAUAAGAGAUAUAUGAUAUCAUGCAUUAGCGGUUAAUAUUUUUUGGGGAAUAUAUUUUAUACAGGAUUUACAAAUCGCAAUAA